AUGGACAACCUGGAGUGGGCUACUGGUUUUGCAGAGCAGUUUGGUCUGUACCAUGUGAACAGAACCGACCCGGACCUGAAGCGAACCCCCAAAGCCUCGGUCAAGACCUACAACCAGAUCAUCAGGUGCAACGGAUUCCCCCAUCCCGACUCGGGCCAUGAGUGUCUGCAACCGAAGCCCAACGUGACCGUAGCGCCCCCUGCUGAUCCAUCUCUGAACUUCCUGGGCCUGACCCUGACCCCGGAGCAGGCAGAGGUGGGAUUCCACACGACCUUUGCCCUGCUGAUGGUGUCGUGUGUCGCCGCCCUGGUGGCUGCAGUCUGCUUCUGCAGGAGAAAGCACAGAGGGAAAAGUUUUUAA